AGUCUGAAGCCUCCGGACUCCCAGCACAGAGUGGGGGGUGGGGGAUCAUCCAUGGCCGGAAGUCUGGGAAACAAACGGUCUCUCCUUCUCCUAACUCGGUUCCUCGACUCACCGAGUCCGCACCAUUCCCUGCUGACCAGCUCCUCCUCCCGGUCCCUGCAAACCCUAGCUUACGAGGAGGUACGCCCUCCUUCCUCCGACGACAAUCCCGUCCCCCCGACGGCUUUCGUGCUCCACGGCCUCUUAGGCUCCGGCAGGAACUGGAGAUCUUUCUCUCGCUCCUUGGCCUCCACUCUCUCCACCGCCUCCCCUCCCUCUGAGUGGAGGAUGGUUCUGGUGGAUUUGAGGAACCACGGGAAAUCGGCUGAGUUGGGAGGCUUUGGUCCACCUCAUGACAUGUUCAAUGCUGCCAAGGAUUUGGCUGAUCUGGUGAAGUCUCGAGGCUGGGCUUGGCCUGAUGCUGUGAUAGGCCACUCCAUGGGUGGCAAAGUGGCCCUGCAGUUCGCGCAGAGCUGUACCCGUGGGGACUAUGGUGAAUCCGCCGCUUGUCCCAGACUGCUGUGGGUGCUGGAUUCUGUCCCGGGAGAAGUAAAGCUGGAGAAUAGCGAUGGAGAAGUAGAAAAAGUUUUGGAAACAUUGCAGAGUUUACCUUCAACAAUCCCAUCAAGAAAGUGGCUGGUGAACCACAUGCUAGAACUUGGUUUCUCAAAGUCCUUAGCAGAGUGGAUAGGCAGCAACCUCAAGAAAUCUGGAGACCAUGAAACGUGGGCUUUUAAUCUGGAAGGUGCCGUCCAAAUGUUUGAUUCGUACAGGGAGACAUCCUAUUGGUCUUUGUUGGAGGAACCGCCGAAAGCUAUGGAAAUAGCAAUUGUACGUGCAGAGAAAAGCGAUCGAUGGGACCCGGAUGUGAUACAACGGCUUGAAAGACUUUCUAGUCCAGGAAGGGACCGAUCUGAAGGGAAGGUUUCAGUCCAUGUUCUUCCUAAUUCUGGCCACUGGGUUCACGCGGACAAUCCCAAGGGACUUCUCGAGAUCGUGACUCCAAAGUUCAUGUCCAUCUAGACUUGCCCUACUGGAUUCCGACUUCCUAGGUGCCUGCCAGUGUGAGCUAAUGGCUUUUCGUUCUUGCCUGUAAGUAUCGAAAUCAGGAAGUGACGCUUCAAUAUGAAUAAAUCUCUGUCCUGACGUUAUCGCGGUGCGGUAGCGCGCCUUAUUUGUCCUCUUUCCAUGUAGCAGACGUAGUUCAGGUCCGUUGACCUUUCUUUCAUUCACCUAAUUGGUUAUUUGGAUUCAGCGAUUGCAGAUAUUUUCAUUUAUCGUCAAUGGCGUG